CCUGGGCGGUGGGGCAGCUGGAGUGUGGCCGCCGCGCCUCUUCGGUCGAGCUGCUGUGUGUUGCGGGAGAACUUCCUCGCGAAUACUUAUUUGUGGCGUUAAAAAAAAAUCUCUUCGCAGAAGGAGGGCUAACAGUUACGAAAAACCACAUUUGUGGUUUUUCUCUUCUAAUUAGAACCUGAUCGUGGCAUUGUCUUCAGAUUUCUCACUUCUGCAGUCGGCGACAGGCAGAUGCUCUGAACAGAACCAGGACAAACUAUGGCUUGUCUUACAAUGACAAAUAUGGAAAGUACAGCAACUUCUACUGUCCGCCAGAAUGGUGACAUCCGUGGAAAUAGCAGUGCACCCAAGCAGACGGAACCUUUGCUUCAAGUGUACCUUUAUCAUUCUCCUGGGAAGACAGAAGGAGAUUACCUUCAAUUUUCAGCUGGAGAGCAUGUUGCAGAAGAGAUUUGUGCUGUUGCCUGUAAAGCCUGUGGUAUCAUGCCAGUGUAUCAUAACAUGUUUGCACUCAUGAGUGAAACAGACAGAAUGUGGUAUCCCCCAAAUCACAUCUUCCAUGUAGAUGAAACAACCAGACUCAUCCUAAUUUACCGGAUAAGGUUUUAUUUUCCCCACUGGUAUUGCAGUGGCAGCAACAGAGCAUACCGGUAUGGUAUUCUUCGUGGUGCAGAAAGCCCCGUCCUUGAUGAUCUUGUCAUGUCUUACCUAUUUGCACAGUGGCGAGCCGAUUUUUUGGAUGGAUGGGUACAGAUGCCUGUUACUCAUGAAACACAAGAAGAAUGCCUUGGAAUGGCUGUUCUAGAUAUGAUGAGAGUGGCCAAAGAAAAGGACCAAACCCCAAUGGCUAUUUACAAUUCAGUCAGCUACAAAAUGUUUUUACCUAAGUGUGUGCGAGCAAAAAUCCAAGACUACCACAUUUUGACCCGAAAAAGAAUAAGGUACAGAUUCCGCAAAUUUAUACAACAGUUUGGCCAAUGCAAAGCUACUGCCAGAAACUUGAAACUUAAGUAUCUCAUAAAUCUGGAAACCCUUCAGCCUGCCUUCUAUUCAGAGGUUUUUGAAGUAAAAGAACCUGGUGGAGGUCCUUCUGGAGAGGAAAGUUUUGCAACUGUUGUAAUAACUGGAAAUGGAGGAAUCCAGUGUUCAAGAGGAAAACUUAAAGAUUGUGAAACACUUGGAGAGCAGGAUUUACAAACAUACUGUGAUUUUCCUGAUAUCAUUGAUGUCAGCAUUAAACAAGCGAGCCAAGAAGGCUCCAGUGAGAGAAGAAUUGUCACCAUUCACAAACAAGACAGCAAGAAUCUGGAGGCUGAAUUUCAGUCAUUAAGAGAAGCUCUCUCCUUUGUAUCAUUAAUUGAUGGAUAUUACAGAUUAACAGCAGAUGCACAUCAUUAUCUCUGUAAAGAAGUAGCACCACCAUCAGUCCUUGAAAAUAUCCAAAGCAACUGUCAUGGACCAAUUUUCAUGGACUUUGCUAUCAGUAAACUGAAGAAAGCUGGUAAUCAGACUGGUUUCUACGUCCUUCGUUGCAGUCCUAAAGAUUUUAAAAAAUACUUCCUUACUUUUGCUAUAGAGCGUGACAGUACUACAGAUUAUAAGCACUGUUUAAUUACGAAGAAUGAGAAUGGAGAAUAUAAUCUUAGUGGAACCAAGAGAAGUUUUAGUAAUCUUAAGGAUCUCUUGACCUGUUACCAGACAGAAACUGUCCGUUCAGACAGCAUAAUUUUCCAGUUCGUCAAAUGCUGUCCUCCAAAACCAAAAGAUAAAUCAAAUCUCCUAGUCUUCAGAAGCAAUAGCGUUUCCGAUGUGCCUUCAUCACCUAUGCUACAGAGGCACAAUAAUGUCAAUCAAAUGGUCUUUCACAAAAUCCGUAAUGAGGACUUGAUAUUUGAGGAGAGUCUUGGACAGGGCACAUUUACUAAGAUUUUCAAAGGUGUCAGGAAAGAAGUGGGAGACUAUGGCCAGCUCCAUCAAACUGAAGUUCUUUUAAAGGUGCUGGAUAAAGUGCACAGAAACUACUCUGAGUCCUUUUUUGAAGCAGCAAGUAUGAUGAGCCAGCUUUCUUACAAACAUUUGGUCUUAAAUUAUGGAGUCUGUGUUUGUGGAGAAGAGAACAUCCUUGUACAAGAAUAUGUGAAAUUUGGAUCCUUGGACACAUAUUUGAAAAAGAACAAAAAUGUUAUCAAUAUCUUGUGGAAGCUGGAAGUAGCCAAACAGUUGGCAUUAGCCAUGCAUUUUCUGGAGGAUAAAGGUCUUGUUCAUGGGAAUGUCUGUGCUAAAAACAUCUUGCUUAUCAGAGAAGAAGACAGGAAGUCUGGAAACCUCCCAUUUAUAAAGCUGAGUGAUCCUGGCAUCAGUAUUACAGUUUUGCCAAGAGAUAUUCUUCUGGAGAGAAUACCCUGGGUUCCUCCUGAAUGUAUUGAGAAUCCCAAACAACUAAGCCUAGCUACAGACAAGUGGAGUUUUGGUACCACUUUGUGGGAAAUCUGCAGUGGAGGAGACAAACCCCUGAGUGCACUAGAUUCUUCAAGAAAACUACAGUUUUAUGAAGACAGGCACCAGCUUCCUGCCCCGAACUGGACAGAACUUGCAAACCUCAUAAACAACUGCAUGGAUUAUGAGCCAGAUUUCAGGCCUUCUUUUAGAGCAAUUAUUCGUGAUUUGAACAGUUUGUUCACUCCGGAUUACGAGCUAUUGACAGAAAGUGAUAUGUUACCAAAUAUGAGAAUUGGAGCACUUGGAUUUUCUGGCGCUUUUGAAGAUCGGGACCCAACACAAUUUGAAGAAAGACAUCUUAAGUUUUUGCAGCAACUUGGCAAGGGAAAUUUUGGCAGCGUUGAGAUGUGCCGGUAUGACCCACUUCAGGAUAAUACUGGGGAGGUGGUUGCUGUGAAAAAGCUGCAACAUAGCACAGAAGAGCACCUUAGGGACUUUGAAAGAGAAAUUGAAAUACUUAAAUCACUGCAGCAUGAUAACAUCGUUAAAUACAAAGGAGUAUGCUACAGUGCAGGACGAAGGAAUCUAAGAUUAAUUAUGGAAUACUUACCAUAUGGAAGUUUACGUGAUUAUCUGCAGAAACACAAGGAGAGGCUGGACCACAAGAAGCUUUUACUGUAUGCAUCUCAGAUAUGCAAGGGCAUGGAGUAUCUGGGUACAAAAAGAUAUGUUCACCGGGAUCUGGCAACAAGAAAUAUCUUGGUAGAGAAUGAGAACAGAGUUAAAAUUGGUGAUUUUGGAUUGACGAAAGUCUUGCCACAAGACAAAGAAUACUACAAAGUGAAAGAACCUGGUGAAAGUCCUAUAUUUUGGUACGCUCCAGAAUCUCUGACAGAGAGCAAAUUUUCGGUGGCCUCAGAUGUGUGGAGCUUUGGUGUGGUCUUGUAUGAACUUUUCACCUAUAUUGACAAAAGCAAAAGCCCACCAGCUGAAUUCAUGCGCAUGAUUGGCAAUGAUAAACAAGGCCAGAUGAUUGUAUUUCAUUUGAUAGAGCUUUUGAAGAAUAAUGGACGACUGCCGAGACCAGAUGGAUGCCCUGAUGAGAUUUAUGCUAUCAUGAAAGAAUGCUGGAACAAUAAUGUUUCCCAGCGCCCCACCUUUCGGGAUCUUUCUCAGCGAGUGGAUCACAUAAGGGAAAACAUGGGUGGAUGAGAAAACUGUGCCUCCUUCAGAGGAUGAGUCAGAAUGCAGAACAAAAUAUACUUGGUCAGCUGUGUAUAUUUGACAUAUGUACAUAUGCACACAUCUUAUCCUUGCUGGAAGUAAAAUCUGUGUGGCAAAUACCCUAUCUUAAUCUUCAUACUGAGGAAUUCUGCUAGGGCUUUUUUAUCAGGAUAUAUUUGUUAUUCUGAGAACAAGUUGAAAUUCUCAAUAUUGAAAGAAAUUAUUUUUCUAAAUUAAAUAAUGAGUUGUCAUUCAGCAGCACCAUUAUUUGCCUUACCUUGGCAGUACAAAAAAGAGGUGACUUAAAAUGUGAUGAAACUAAGAGAUGAAAAACCAUUGUAUUUCCGUUUUAAAUUGGAGAUGCCCAGAAAAGACUUCUAGAAAUACUUUUACACCGAGUAUAUAGUGACUUGGCACCCUGUUUUGUGUGUUGCACAAAGACUUUUGUCUGUUAAUACAGUUUCAUGAUUUUUUCAUUGUUGAUGCAGAACUGGCUUCUCUGUGUAACAAAACAGAAGUGGUUUGCUGUGCCUGUCUGAAUCAGUUAUCAGCCAGCAGUAUAUCCAAAGAGAUGUAGCUGUGUGAUGUACUGUAAGUACUUUGAGGGAAAGGGAGCAAAUUGUGCUUUUUUGGGAGAGACAGAAAGCUUAUUAACCCAUGCAAAAAUUUUAAUUUAAAAAUGAAAAAGCAAAGAUGUUUUCCUUUUAUUCUUACUCCUUGAUGAGUAUUAGAAUGCCUUUAUAGAGUUGAAGGUACAGUGGUAACACAUAGAAGUGAAGAUACAUAGAAGUGAAUUCAUUUUACACAAGGCAAUGUCUUCAGUGUAAAUAAGAAAAAGCUAAGUCAGUAUACUUAGCUUUUCCUUUUAAAUGCUCUUCUUUUUUUCUUUCCAUCCUUGUAGUUUUCAUGCAGUCAUAAAUGAAAGAAUUGAAACUUUCAAAGCAGGCUUAAAAAUGUAGAAAAUUCCCUCACUUUCACAAUUCCUCACUUUGCUGUUAAGAUGAUCAUCUUAAUAUCUUCCUUCCAGCACAGAACUCAGUAUCUGAUAUGGCCAGUCACAACCACAUCAAGCCUGUUCUGUAUUGAAGUGGCCCAAGCGUAUUUAUUUCUGUCGUAAUACUCAACAUGAGACUGGAAGGAGGAGUUACAAGUGCAAUUGCUCCACACUCAGCGGAGGGCAAGGACAUGAUUCCAGUUACUGAGAACUGGAAGGAGAGCAGAGCUACCUGAAUGCUGUAUAAUUCAGCUUUUGAAAUAAAUAACAAAAAUCUUUUGGACAAGAGAAUGCUUCGGUUUUGCCUUGAGGCAUAAAACUUGGGGAUAAUCUCAUCUCUCAAAGCAGUAUAAUUGCAGGGUUUGUUUAUUUUUAGUUCAAAUAAUCUUGUUUGUUUGUUUUUACUUAAGCAUUAUUGUCUGCAAAGUGUAGUGCUUGUUCUUUUUGGACUUCUGCUGAGAGAAGUUCAGUUAAGGGGAUAUACAGCUUGGCAAACUGACCUGACAUCCAGAAUUUUAUUUUAAAUUAAAUGUUCUUUUUUAAAAUUUGUGGCAGUGGGUGAAACAGGUUACUUUCAUUGUGGAGCCUCCUUAAUAUUUGUGGUUAACUACAUCCAUCUUACCAGAAAAAAAAAAUCCUUAUUUAGUGUAAUAUAGUGCCAGUAUAGCAGUAUUUUGUACCACUAUGAUGUUUCUCUCCCACAAUCACUCCUACAAAAUUACUGUUUUAUAGUACAAGAGAGUGCUAAAUAUGGAGAGCAGCAUCAGCCUUCUCUCUGCCCAUUGCAUUUAAAACUUUCUGUAAGUGUUCUUGCCACCAAGCAUUUGCAUAGAUGAUUUUUCAAACCAGUUUCACAGUCAGUUUUUAAGCUGCAAAGAACUUUGAAGUGCUUUGUUCAACUUAACAUGUUUUCUCAAUUUCUAUACAUUGCUUUGAGGAUUUGAAAUGUUGUGCAAAAAAAUCUCUUUGCAUUUGUAGUCUCAGUUAUGUGUAUGUGCUUUUUUUGUAACAAAGGAAAUAAAGCUUUAAGGUAUCAAGACAGCAUUUUAGCUGAAUAACAUAUGCAGGAAUUACAUAACAUUUGCAGUGUAUAACACUCAGUAGCUCACUGGUUUCAAAUACACAGUAGACUAAACAUAAUUUAUGUAAAAAUCUCAGGGAAGUUUGUGUAAUGCAAUGAAGAAAUCUUCCAGUCUGCUAAUUUUUCAAGUGAAUUAAAGGUCUUUUUCUUGUUCUACUACAUUUUGAUUAAUUACAUAGUCUGUUUAAUUGCAUAAAUGUAGUGGUUGAUGGAUGAUUUUUAAGUGUCUUGAGUGUCUUGUGGAGUGUUUUUGUUUAUUUUGGGAUUGUUUGUUUUGUUUUUUUUUUUUUUACUUUGAUAUUAUGUCAUUUUUAGAGAAAGCCAUAUCUUUACACUGCAGUGUAAUCGUGUGGUGUUGGUCAGACAGUCUUUUUUAACAACCAGAGGCCUGUGCAGAGGGCUUGAGCAUUUGGGAUUAGUGUUCUUAGCUGGGAGAAUAGGACCAAGUAGUGCUUAGGACUUGGGAGAGGUUUAGUGAUCUGCAGUGUCAAUAUUUAGGUCCUGGAGCAGACCUGGUGGCUUUCUCAAAAAGCUGUUGAGGAUAUAAAUGUAGUGAUUUUGCUGAAUUUGCUACUGCCAAUUGUGUGACCUUUAAAAAAAAACCAAAACCACAACACCGCCAAAAAACACUGUAUUUUGUAUUUUGAAAGCUCUCAGAUCUACAGUAGCAUUGAUAAUGUCAUAUUUUUACAUUGUGUUUGUAUUAAUAGACUAAGUACUUGGUUUUAGAAAAUGUCUUCAGUUGGCAUUGCAUUUGUAAUACUUUAGUGUAAUCAUUGCGCUACCCAAAAUGCUGUUUGAUUUUGUUGAUAGAAAAAGUGUUGGUUUAUGUAUACAUGACUGCUACUUCAGUGUAGAAUUAAUAUAUUAACUACUGCUUUGCACUUACAUUGGAAGUGAAAGAAUUUUUUAAUAAGUGCACAAUGUAUCUUAUAGAGUCUCUGCAAUCAAGUAUUUUGUGUUGUGUAGUAUUGGUUUGUUGCCUAUCAGUAUAAAUAUGUUAAGUUUCAAAGUUAGGUUUUUAAGUGUAUUCCACAGAGUAUUCCACAAACUUGCAACAGUCAUGUUGCAUAAGCCAGAGGAGAAAUUAAUUUUCAGGAAAAGAAACACAUGUUCUUGUCAAGUCCUAAUACUGGUUAAAAGCUUCCAUAGUUGAGAUAAUUGUUGUUAAACGUGCUGAUGAAUACAACUGUGAAAAUAUAUGUAAGAAUUAUAUUUUCCCCCCAAAAUUAAAUUUUUAAUUGUUGCAUUUAGUUGAGAUGUUGACCAGCUGCCCUGAAAUGUGUAGGAGAAGAUGUUACUGCAUUAAGUAUGAAGAAAUGUAACCCUUGUGUAAAGAAAGCAAGCUUUGCAGCAAUGUAGGAUCACAAACACCCAGAGGUUAGAGUUCUGAGAGCAAAAGUAGAGGUGUAGAAGAACAAGACUAAAGGAAAAAGCAUGAUGUUCAGCACGGGAGAAUCUUUCUGAAAUGUGAAAUGCACAACAAAUUAUGAAAAAUUGAUGUCUACUGAAAAUACCAUACCAUGACAAAUAUGUGCUAAUAUAUUUCUAAACUGUGUAUUGUCUGCCUUAAGUCUGAAAUAUUCACAGACACCUAACCUGUUAUUGAAAAAAUUUCAAUAAUUACUAUACCAAAAGAAACUACUAAAUGUUGUGCCAUGCCAGACAACAAUUCUGAAAAGGUGUUUGACUAAGAAGUUUUGUUCUGAAUUUUUCUUUUUGAAUAAGAGGUUUACAGUACUUUAUAUUAAAGUAGAAAAAGUCCCUUUGUGAUAAGGAGCAGGGAGGGAAAGAUACCUGCCACUUAUGAUUGAAAUGUAAACAUUUAAACACAUGGUUUAGUAAAGAGAAUGAGAAAGGGAUAUUUUUAGAAAACUGUGUAUCCAUACCUGAAACUUAACUGUGUGUUUCUUUUUGCAUUUGGAUAGUGAAAAUAAACUGAAUACAAUGGAUGAUA